AUGGCUGAUGAUUUGGCUGAAGCGAAUAAACGAGAUGUUUUCUUUCGACGUAAUGUUGAGAUUGAUGACUUACCGACAGAAACAACUCUAGAAACACUUAAAAUCCGAGCGAAGGCACUCGAACAGUUGAAACCGCUGAAGAAGCCGUUUCGUCGAACACAAGAUGAAGUGUGA